AUGAGCACCCUCAAAGUGGGGGUGGAGGUUGGGGGGGCUCAGAACCUCAUGGCCAAGGAAGGGCAGGGCUCCUCGAGCUCCUUCGUGGAGCUCCAGUUCGCCGGCCAAAAGCUCCGCACCUCGACCAAGGAGAAGGACCUCAAUCCCGUGUGGGACGAACGCUUCUACUUCAACGUGCCGGACCCCGACCUGCUCCCUCAUCUUGCCCUAGAAGCCUGCGUCUACAGCGCCUCCGGCAGCAGCAACCCUUCCUCCAAGUCCUUCCUCGGAAAGGUGCGCCUCGCCGGAACCUCCUUCGUCCCCUACUCCGACGCGGUGCUCUUGCAGUGCCCUCUCGAGAAGCGCGGCAUCUUCUCCCGCGUCAGAGGGGAGCUCGGCCUCAAGGUCUACGUCACGGACGACCCCUCGAUCCAGCCGUCCAACCCUCUGCCGACGAUCGACCCCUUCGCCAACCCUCCGCCGUCUCCGAUCUUCCGAGCUCAGGCGCCGCCUGCAAGUCCCCACGCGGGCGUGUCCGCGGAGAAGAAGGGGACCAGGUCGAGGCACUCGUUCCAUCACCUCCCCAAGGGGAAGCGCUCGCCGCCGGCGGCGAAGUCGACGGCGAAUGAGAUGAGGGCGGAGCCGUCCGCGACGGCGAGGGUCUUUGCGGCGGUACCUUCGUCGUCGUCGGCGGCGGCGGUGAAGCAGGGUUUCAAAGCGACGGCGAAGACCUACGCCGGCGUUGGGGGGCAGACCUUUAAACCGCCCAUGGGGAACACCAAAAAGAGGACGGGUGGUGGCUACGACCUCGUGGAACAGAUGCGGUACCUCUUCGUUCGAGUGGUGAAGGGCCGGGACCUGGCAGCCAUGGAGCUCGCCGGCACCGUCGAUCCUUACGUGGAGGUGAGGCUGGGGAACUACAGGGGGCGAACGAGGACCUUCGAGAAGAACCAGAACCCGGAGUGGAAUCAGGUCUUCGCCUUCGCCGGAGACAAGUUGCAGGCCUCCGAGCUGGAGGUGGUCGUCAAGGACAAGUCUCUGCUCAGGGACGACCAUCUGGGGAUGGUCCGCAUCGACCUCAACGGGGUGCCGGACCGCGUGCCCCCUGACAGCCCCCUCGCCCCGGAGUGGUACCGGCUGGAGAACAAGAAGGGGGAGAAGCUCAUGAGCGAGCUCAUGCUGGCCGUCUGGCUCGGCUCGCAGGCGGACGAGACCUUCCCCGAUGCCGUGCUCUCAGACGAGACGGUGAUCUCGGAGGAGAGCGCCGCCAGUUCUCAGUUGCGGGGCAAGGUCUACCACGCGCCUCGGCUCUGGUACGUCCGGGUCAAGAUCAUCGAAGCCCAGGACAUCGUGCCGCUGGGGGACGAGAGCAAGCCGGCGGAGGUGAGAGUCAGCGCCCAGGUGGGGAGACAGAUCCACAACACCAAGCUCGUCCAGACCCGAAACAUGGCGGCCAUCUGGGGCGAUGAAUUCAUGUUCGUCGUCGCCGAGCCCUUCGAGGAGCACCUGGUCCUCACGUUGCAGGAGAAGGUCGGGGGCUCUAAGAACGAGGACAGAGGGACCCUCCCCGUCCAUCUGGCGAACCUGGAGAAGCGCGCUGACGACCGCCCCGUGCUGCCGAUCUGGCGCGUCCUCGAGAAGCCCGGCCUCAUCGACGUCGACCAGCUGAAGAAGAACAAGUUCGCCACCCGGCUCCACAUCAUUGCCCACCUCGACGGGGGCUACCACGUCUUCGACGAGCCGAUCCAGUUCAGCAGCGACCUCCGGCCCACGGCGAGGCAGCUCUGGAAGGGGGCGCUCGGGCUGCUGGAGAUCGGCAUACGCCACGCCGUGGAGCUCUCCCCGAUCAAGAACCACGAGGGGAAGGGCUCCUGCGACGCCUACUGCGUGGCCAAGUACGGCAACAAGUGGGUGCGCACCCGGACGGUACCGAACAGCCUGCAACCGAUGUUCAACGAGCAGUACACCUGGGAGGUGUACGAGCCGGCCACAGUCCUCACGGUGGCGGUCUUCGACAACAGCCAGGUCCAGGUCGAUGAGAAGGGCUCCGCCGCCAGGGACACGCCCAUGGGCAAGGUGCGGAUCCGGCUGUCCACUCUGGAGGCCGGGCGCGUGUACACUAGCCUGUAUCCCCUCCUGGCGCUGCGCAACUCCGGCGUCAAGAAGAUGGGCGAGCUCCAACUGGCCGUGCGGUUCUCCUCCAUGUCGACGAUGAACCUGAUUUCCAUGUACUUCAAGCCGCUUUAUCCGAAGAUGCACUACACGCGACCGCUGCCGAUUCAGGACCAGCAGAGGCUGCGGAGCAGGGCGGUAGAGGUCGUGGUAGCGCGUCUGGGCCGGAUGGAACCCCCGCUGAGGAAGGAGGUGAUCGAGUACGUCUCCGAGGUGAGCUCCGACGCGUGGAGCAUGCGGAAGGGAAGGGCGAACUUCUUCAGGUUCAUGGCGCUGUUCUCCGGGGCGGUGGCGAUGUGGAAUUGGUUCGGCGAAGUGUGCCGGUGGAAGAACCCUUCGACGACUGUCCUCGUUCACGUGCUGUUUUUCGUUCUGUUGGGCUUCCCGGAGCUCAUCCUCCCUACCGCGUUCCUGUACAUGUUCACCACGGGCCUGUGGAACUACUUCCACCGCCCCACCCAAGCGCCACGUAUGGACAUGAAGCUCUCCCGGGCCGACGACACCAGCCCCGACGAUCUGGACGAGGAGCUCGACACCUUCCCCAGCAGCCGCGCCGCCGACCUCAUCCGCCACCGGUACGAUCGCCUGAGGCACGUUGCUGCCCAAGCGGUGACGAUAGCCGGCGAUAUCGCCACCAAGGGGGAACGGCUCCAGACGCUGCUCAGCUGGAGGGACCCCCGCGCCACCUUCAUCUUCUGGGUCUUCUGCCUCGUCGCCGCCCUGUUCCUCUAUGUGGUUCCCUUCAAGGUCGUCUGCUGUGUCUUCGGCUUCUACGUGAUGAGGCACCCCAAGUUCAGGACGAAGCUCCCGAUGGAGCCUGCCAACUUCUUCAGGCGACUGCCCGCCAGAAUAGACAGCUUACUGUAG